CCACCCCUGCCGGAACUAGGAGCGUGCAGCAGAACUGGAUUCGGCGGCACCGGAAACGGCAACUCCCACUUGGGGCUCUGCAGACGGAGUUGAGGCUGCCUUCCAGGAAGCCAAAAAAAAAAAAGGGAGAAAGAGAAAAAGGAGGGAUAGCGGGGAACAGGCCCGCGCCCGCCGCCCACGCGCCGCGCCCCCACGUCUUCGCCUUCCCGGCUGCUGCCCUCGGCCUCUGGCCGCUCCCUGGUGGCCCAGCCCUCGGACGCCGCGGCCCGCCGGCCACUGCCCGCCGCUGGGGACCUCAGGGAUCAUGGCCCAAGUAGCAGUGUCUUCCCUGCCCAUGGAAAAUGAGGCCUCCUCAGAGAGCAGGAUGGAGGUGACGUUCCUCAUGUCUGCUCUGGAGUCCUUGCUUUCCAGAUCUGACAUUUUAAUGAAGGCACCUGUGUUACCUUGUUCGAGAAUAUGUCUUGUCUGAAUUCAAAGUGCAAAGAACUGGCCAAGUCCAGGGUGGAAGUGGCCUGCAUCGCAAUGUAUGAAGCAGAAGUGUUUGUCGUUGGAACUGAGAAAGGACGAGCUUUUGCCAGUGCCAGAAUGGACUUGCAGAUGGAUUUUGCAAAAUACUGCGCUGCAGAAGGCCUGCCUGAGACCAAACCCCUGAGCCCUGGGAAAGGGAUGCAGCUCAACUCGGGAGAAACGGAAAUACUCAGGAAAGCAGUGGAGGACUACUUCUGCUUGUGUUAUGGAAAAGCCUUAGGAACCAUAGCAAUGGUGCCUGUUCCGUAUGAGAAGAUGCUGCGAGAUCAGUCGGCUGUGGGAGUUGAGGGGCUUCCAGAAGGUGUUGCCUUUCAGCACCCGGAGAACUAUGAUCUUGAAACUCUGAAGUGGAUUUUGGAGAACAAAGCCGGGAUUUCAUUCACCAUAAACAGACCUUUCCUAGGCCCGGCAGGUCCCCAAGGUGGGCCUGGGGUGGUAACAGAUGCUGAGAGAGCAAUGUCACUGUCAAGUGAAAGUGGUGGCCCCAUCCAUGUGAAAAUGGAACCCAUGGAAGAUUCCGGCAUUUCUCUGAAAGCAGCAGCUGCGUCAGUCAAGAAAGAAUCAGAGGAUCCUAAUUACUAUCAGUAUAAUAUGCAAGAAAGCCAUCAUUCUUCUGCGAUCAAGGAAGUAAUAGAAAUGCAAUUGCCAAUGGAAGGAAACACAAAUCCAUCCAAUACUACAAGUUCUGCAGCAGGUGUUGAAGAUCUUAACAUCGUUCAGGUUACAAUUCCAGAUAAUGAGAAGGAGAGGUUAUCAAGCAUGGAAAAGAUAAAACAACUAAGAGAACAAGUUAAUGACCUCUUUAGUCGAAAAUUUGGGGAAGCCAUUGGAGUGGAUUUCCCCGUGAAAGUUCCUUACAGAAAGAUCACAUUCAACCCUGGCUGCGUGGUCAUCGACGGCAUGCCCCCCGGGGUGGUGUUCAAAGCCCCCGGCUACCUGGAAAUCAGCUCCCUGAGGAGGAUCUUGGAUGCUGCAGAAUUUAUCAAAUUCACAGUCAUCAGACCACUUCCAGGCCUCGAGUUUAACAAUGUUAUUUUGCAAAACUUCGGUUUUUCAACCAUGGAUCUGAAGAAAGUAAGUGCGAAAGACAGUGCUGAGAAGAAGAAGCGGAUGAUGUGCAUUGAAUUAAAGAAAGAAAUUAUCGCAAAACAUGACCAAGGUGUGCGUGUAAUCGACUUGGCGAAGCAGUACGAGCGUAGCACUUCUACGAUCUGCACCAUACUGAAGCAGAAGGAGUCGAUACAGGCUACAACUCCAGCCAAGGGCGUUAAAAUAAUUUCUAAACAGCGGACAUCUACCCAUGAAAAUAUGGAGAAGCUGCUAAUGGUGUGGUUAACGGAGAAGCAGCUCGCAGGAGAGACCGUGACGAAGGCUGUAAUCUGCGAGAAGGCACGAGCUAUUUACGCUGAUUUGCUGCAGCAGACCCCAGGCACUUCAGUGGACGAGGCACCGGGCGAGCCGUUUAAAGCCAGUCGGGGCUGGUUCGAAAAUUUUAAAAAGAGGACCGGCAUCCACUCCGUUGUCAGACAUGGUGAGGCAGCGAGCGCGGAUAUAAAGGCAGGUGAGGAUCACCUCAAAACGUUUGCUGAAAUUAUAGCAGCAGAAGGAUACAUCCCCCAGCAAGUCUUCAACUGUGACGAGACAGGACUCUUCUGGAAGAGGAUGCCAAGGAGAACUUAUAUAACGGCAGAAGAGAAGAGGCUGCCAGGCCACAAACCCAUGAAGGAUAGGCUAACCCUCGCACUGUGUGCCAAUGCAAGCGGCGACUGCAAGAUUAAGCCCCUGCUUGUUUAUCAUUCAGAAAACCCCAGAGCCUUUAAGUCACAUAAGAUCCUGAAAGAAAAACUGCAGGUUAUGUGGAGGGCAAACCCGAGGGCAUGGGUCACCAGGCAGAUCUUUGUGGAGUGGGUGAAUUUGGUCUUUGGUCCUGGAGUUAAGAAAUAUCUCCAGGAAAAUAACCUACCCCUGCAAGCUCUUCUUGUCCUGGACAAUGCACCUGCCCAUCCACCUAACCUUGAAGAUGACAUCCUCGAAGAGUUCAAGUUUAUAAAGGUGCUCUACCUUCCACCUAACAUCACCCCUAUCCUGCAGCCAAUGGAACAGCAGGUGAUUUCUGAUUUCAAGAAGCUCUUCACCAAGCACCUGUUCCGCCACUGCUUUGAGGUGACGGAGAGCACAAACCUCACCCUUCGAGAGUUCUGGAAGGACCACUAUAACAUCGUGACCUGCCUCAGAAUUAUCGAUAUGGCCUGGCAGGGUGUUACAAAGAGGACCUUGACUUCUGCGUGGAAGAAGCUGUGGCCUGAGGUAGUGUCUGAAACGGAUUUCGAAAGACUCGAACCCGCAGCGGCAGUGGUGGAGGAGAUUGUAUCCCUCGGCAGGUCCAUGGGCCUGGACGUGGAUGAAGGUGACAUCAACGAGCUCAUCGAGGAGCACUCCGAGGAACUGACGACGCAGGAGCUAAAGGAGCUACACGCGCAGCAGCACACGGAGGUUUUGCAGGAAAUAGAUGACACGGAGGAGGAGGAGGAGGUUAUCUCUGUGAGUGAGAUAAAGGAGAUGUUGGGAGUGUGGGAGAAACUUUCAGACUUUAUUCAAAAGAAACACCUAGAAAAAAUUGCAACUGGGCGUGCGAUGGAGCUAUUUAAUGACACUUGCCUAACUCAUUUCAGAAAUAUUCUGAAAGGGAGGAUGAGACAGAUCUCAUUGGACAGAUUUUUAUCGAAAACCCCUGUAGAUGAAAGAGAAGAAAGCAUGGCGAAAAGGGCAAAAAUCAGCAAAUAAGAUUCAGUUAUUCAAUUAUUCAGUUCAGCCUUUCUCCUCCAACUCCAUCAGCAUCUUUAAGUCGUUUGAUCUCCAAGGUAA